GGGUGUGAUUGGUUAUCAGAGCACGUAAGGCAGCCUCCACUUCCCCCUUCUGCUGCCUGCUUUUUCUGCAACUUUUGAGAGGCACAUUGGUUCAUUUUGUGUUUUGUCUUGUAGGACUACAGGUUGUUAAAGUGCAGCACCAUGGCCUCCACUGCAGAGUUGAAAAUCGGCCAGAAGCUAAAUGAAGGAAAGACAAAGCAGAUUUUUGAACUCGAGGAGCAGCCCGGACUCGUUCUGGUCCAGUCCAAAGACCAGAUUACCGCUGGGAAUGCUGUGAGAAAAGACCAGAUGGAAGGCAAGGCUGCCAUUGCCAAUAAAACGACGAGCUGCGUGUUCAGACUCCUCCAGGAAUCUGGCAUUAAGACUGCCUUUGUGAAGCAACACUCUGACACAGCGUUCAUCGCAGCUCAUUGUGAGAUGAUUCCCAUUGAGUGGGUGUGUCGGAGGGUGGCAACUGGAUCGUUCCUCAAGAGGAAUCCAGGAGUCAAAGAGGGCUACCGCUUCACCCCCCUGAAGAUGGAGAUGUUCUUUAAAGAUGAUGCCAACAAUGAUCCCCAGUGGUCAGAGGAGCAGCUGCUGGAGGCCAAAUUCUCUCUGGCUGGGCUCACUAUCGGCCAGUGUGAGGUGGACAUCAUGAAUCGCAGUACUGUGGCCAUCUUUGAGAUUCUGGAGAAGGCCUGGGCUACUCAGAACUGCACGCUGGUGGAUAUGAAGAUUGAGUUUGGUGUCAAUGUGAAGACUCAAGAAAUUGUCCUUGCUGAUGUGAUUGACAACGAUUCAUGGAGGCUGUGGCCAGCUGGAGAUCGAAGCCAACAGAAGGAUAAGCAGGUGUACCGAGACCUUAAAGAAGUCACCCCUGAGGCAAUGCAGAUGGUGAAGAGGAACUUUGAGUGGGUCUCUGAAAGGGUCAAGCUGCUGUUGGAGCCUCAGGCCAGCGGCAGGGUGGUGGUUUUGAUGGGCUCCACCUCUGACAUAGCUCACUGUGAAAAAAUCAGAAAGGCCUGCACCUCCUAUGGUAUCCCCUGCAUCCUAAGAGUCACGUCAGCACACAAAGGUCCAGAUGAGACACUCCGCAUCAAAGCAGAAUAUGAAGGUGACGGUGUACCCACAGUUUUUGUGGCGGUAGCUGGCAGAAGUAACGGCCUCGGUCCAGUGAUGUCUGGAAACACGGCGUAUCCUGUCAUCAACUGCCCACCGCUCACUCCAGACUGGGGUGCACAAGAUGUCUGGUCAUCCCUCCGCAUGCCAAGUGGUCUCGGCUGCUCCACAGUCCUCUCCCCUGAGGCUGCUGCUCAGUUUGCCGCACAGAUCUUCGGGUUGGCUGAUCACCUGGUGUGGUGCAAACUGAGGGCCUCCAUGCUCAACACCUGGGUGUCUCUCAAGCUGGCUGACAAGAAGUUACAGGCCUGCAGUCUGUGAAGGCCUGUACAGACCUGCUCUCGUAAGGCUCAGCUGUCAUGUCUCUGUUUACCAUGAAAACCCACUAACAAUGUACUUUCUCACACAAAUCAUUCCAUUAAAAAAGAAAACCAUUAAAGGCUUCUAUGGUUGUUUAAUCCCAUUGUAGACUUUCUUCACAGGUGAGACAUUUUGACAUGUCAUCACAGGAAAAGCAUAUAUGUAAUCAUAUUAAAAUCAACUAAAUUCUA